GCACUUUGCAAAUGAACUCCGGGGGUUUGAAUGAGGCACAAUGGGAGGCUGGAGAAAAGAGAGAACUAUUUACUACUGGAGAAGAGUGUUUGGUGCGUGUUAAACUUUGGCCGGCAGUUCAUUGUCUCUGGUGUCUAUCAUUUAAUAGGGUAGUUGACAUAAUGAAUGAGCCAGACCCACCUUCUGCCACUCCAGAAAGGCCCCGGCCUUAUCUGAAUUGAGAAGCACAUUAGAGCCUCUCAGCCAAUCAGCGCACGGCCCCGCAGCAAAGUGCAGGCCCAAAGAGGACGAGCGGAGAGAACUUUUGUUUUCCUCCCGAGUUUAAUGAAGUUGGCCUGGUCACUCAAGAAGGGAUUAAAGGAGAAUUUAGUGUCACUGAGCUCGAGUGUUCAGGGUCACUGUGUGUGAACAGGAUGGUCUCAGUUCACAGCUGCGCCGGGAGGAAUAUGGCCGGCUCUCCUCCUGCUCCACCCGGCUUCGGGAACUCUGGAAAGAGUUUUCUCAUCGACAAUCUGCUGCAGUCGCAGACACCUUCGGUCCGUCACCUGCGAAGGGCCGCGUGUGAACGCCCGAGGAGGAGCUGGGGCUCUGAGCACGGAGCCUUUCAGGCCCACAGCCCCCAGCAGGGGAAAGAUUUAGGAGGGCCGCUGCUACCACACUCAGGUGUACUGAGCAGUGUUUUCCUGCGGAGCCCGCCGUAUCUGCUGGCGUGCUGCGGUGGGUCCAGCCCCCCUCCUGUUUUCUCCAAGGUGGCAAAUAUUCGAAUGUGGUCUGCUGAUAUAAGUCCUAAAUCAAGAAGAGGGAUCCUCAGAAGGGCCGUGUUCUCUGAAGAACAACGGAAAGAGCUCGAGAGAACUUUUCGGAGACAGAAAUACAUCAGCAAGACAGAUCGGAACAAGCUGGCAGCAGAUCUCAGUCUCAAGGAGUCCCAGGUAAAGAUCUGGUUCCAGAACCGCCGAAUGAAGUGGCGGAACUGUAAGGAAAAGGAGGUUCAUAACACUCGAUCCCCAAUGGAUGAGCUCAUGGCCCGAGGUCUUGCUCAGGAGGAGGAAGAACCAUUGCAGAAACACUGUGACUCAAAGACGGAGAGAUCAACGCCACAGAAGAGUGGCUGGGACACAUGAGAGAUAGUGAUGGGUGAAGUAAACCAGCGACUCGCAAAUCCACAAAAGCGAUUAAAAAGAGUACCGGGAGGGCAAUAAAAUGACAUGGAUGAAAAACACUGUCGAGACUAACAUGACUAACGUUAACUUUUUAAUGAAUGUUUUGUCAAAACCUUAUUAAUUAUUACUAUGAGGUUCAACUGCUGUGUCAAUCAUCUCUUUGCGUCUCUGUGGCUUCGGUGUACGAUCUACUGAAAACUCUUUCCCGGUUGCUGUGGUUAUAAUCCGUCAAAUGCACUUCAAUUAGUCUCUUCAUUCAGUGCAUUUACGCUUUUCUUUUUUGGGACAGCUUUGUGACAUAAUCCAAAAGUGAAUUCAAAUCAUUUGGUACAUUCUGUAAAUAUCUUCUUUUUUUUUUAUGAUCGUGAACACAGGUCAACUGUAAAUAAAGUGUUUCCACAUUGAUUAUUCCGACUAUGUAUAUACAGUUCAACAGAUACACUAUCUAUACUUUCUGGAAAUACAUACAGCUUGUGUUACUUAUUAAAAAGAAUGUGACCAGCACCUUUAUUUUCACUAUCAUAAACUAUCAUAAAACUAUAAUGCAAGAUGCACACACUAAAGGACUGCUUCUCUAUCGCA